GUACCCAACCGCCCGUCCUGUCUAGCGCGCGCUGUGCCCCCAGCAGGUCGGCAAAAAUCCGCACGAAAUCGCCAGUUCGAAACCGUCAGACUCGUCGCGCGCGGCCCGCCCGGCCGCCGCGGCGCCGACCUCCCGCUCAUCAUGCUCACGGUGUCCCUCCUGGACGAGCACCUCUCCCGCUGCCGCUCCGCGCGGCACCUCCUCCAAAUCCAUGCGCAGUUCCUCGCGUCGGGCCUCCUCGUGGACGCCUUCGCCGCCAGCCGCCUCCUUCUCUUCACCACCUCCGCCGCCGCCGCGCGCCUCCUCCCGUGCCCGCUCCACCACUCGCUCCGCCUCCUCCGCCUCGUGCGCAGCCCCAACGCGUUCGCCUGCAACACCCUCCUCAGGGCGGCCGUGCGCCACGGCCAGCCCCACCUCUGCCUCUCGCUCUACGCGUCCAUGCCCGCGGCGCCCGACGCGUACACGCACCCGCUCCUCGCCGCCGCCUGCGCCGCCAGGGGGGACGCGGGGGAAGGUCAGCAGGUCCACUGCCGCGCCGUCAGGCACGGGUUCGGCGACAACGUGUACCUCAGGAACGCACUGAUGCACAUGUACUCAGCGUGCGGACGCGUCGCGGACGCGCGCAGGGUGUUCGACGCGGGGCCCGUGUGGGAUGCCGUGUCCUGGAACACGAUCCUGGCCGCGUACGUGAGGGACGGGGACAUUGAGCAUGCAGUCAUAGUGUUUGAGAGCAUGCCCGAGAGGAGCUCCGCAGCAGUGAGCUCGAUGGUGGCGCUGUUCGGGAGGAGGGGGAUGGUGGACGAGGCGAGGAGGGUGUUUAAUGGGGCAGAGCGUAGGGAUGCUUUCACGUGGACAGCGAUGAUUUCUUGCUUUGAGCGGAAUGGCCUGUUCCUGGAAGCGUUGGGAGUGUUCUCAGAUAUGCGUGUGGAGGGGUGGCCUGUGGAUGAGGCGGUUAUGGUCAGUGUGGUCGCUGCUUGCACAGGGUCAGAGGUGAUUCAGAAUGGGGAGGUUUGCCAUGGGCUGGUUGUCAGAGGUGGCCUAGGUUCGCGGGUGAAUGUCCAGAAUGCACUGAUCCACAUGUACUCAAGUUGUCUGAAUGUUAUUGCGGCUCGGAGAUUGUUCAAUAGUGGUAAGUGUUUGGACCACUUCUCCUGGAACUCGAUGAUCGCUGGCUAUCUGAAGAAUGGCCAUGUCGAAGAUGCAAAGGCGUUGUUCGAUGCGAUGCCCGACAAGGACAACGUUUCUUGGAGUACAAUGAUAUCUGGUUGUGUGCAAAAUAACCAGUCAUCUGAGGCGCUCACUGUUUUUGACAACAUGAGAACCCACGGAAUCAAACCGGAUGAGGUUACACUUGUGAGUGUCAUCUCUGCGUGUACUAAUAUUUCUGCUCUGGAGAAAGGAAAGUCAGUGCAUGAGUACAUACGCCAACACCAAUAUAACAUCAAUAUUGUACUUGGGACUAGCCUCAUUGACAUGUACAUGAAAUGCGGAUGCUUGGAGACUGCACUGAAAGUCUUCAACACGGUGGAAGAGAAAGGAACACCUUGCUGGAAUGCUGUCAUUGUGGGACUAGCCAUGAAUGGCCUUGUGACAAAAUCCCUUGACAUGUUUUCAGAGAUGGAAGCAUCUGGCACUGCUGUCCCGAAUGAGAUAACUUUCACUGGAGUUCUGAGUGCUUGCAGACACGCCGGCCUAGUUGAGGAGGGCCGCCACUUCUUCAAGUUGAUGCAGAACAAGUACCAGAUUGUACCAAACAUCAGACACUAUGGAUGUAUGGUUGAUCUCCUUGGACGUGCUGGAUAUGUCAGAGAGGCUGAGGAUCUGAUUGAGAGCAUGCCGAUGUCACCUGAUGUUCCAGCAUGGGGUGCAUUGCUUGGCGCCUGUUGGAAGCAUGGUGAUAGCGAGGUUGGGGAAAGAGUUGGGAGGAAGCUUGUCGAGCUGGAUCCUCAUCAUGACGGGUUCCAAACUAUGCUAUCUAACAUAUACGCUUCAGAGGGGAUGUGGCAAUGUGUAAAGGACCUAAGGGGUUCCAUGAAGCAACAACACGUCUCAAAAGUCUCAGGGUAUAGUGUGGUUGAAUUGUCACAUUCUUCAUGAAAUCCUAGCAGGCGAUGUCAUUUGAAACUUGAAGCAGAAUGGAUAGAGGGUGGUUUAAGUUGAAAUAUCACAUGGUCAUAAUCCGAUCAUUACUGAUAUUCUUAGCUUGUGUUCGAGCUAUUGUACAUAUGUGGUUAUUCGAUCAUUACUUAUUUCCGGCAUGAAGAAUCUAUCCCGAGACAUUUCCACAUGAAGACGUUAGACGUUGGAGUGUUUAGGGUGUCUUGUGUGUUCAUAACAUUUUCCAAGCAUGGCUCUAAGCUUUUGCAUUCGUUGAUAACGAGUUUCAAGGCGUGAGGCCGGCAGAUAGCCAGGGAUUGCGUGUUGUCUGCAAGACAAAUGGCCCAAACAACAUCUUCUCACCAGUGUGGAAACUGGAACCAAAAGCAGGAUAUGUAUAGGGGCGAAAUUUGUUUUCCGAUCAACAAGAUAUGGAGGGGUCAAGAAGACAAGAAGUACAAGAAUCUGUACAUAAUAUGGAGAACGCAGAAUUCAGGGGAGGUCAGGGGUGGCGAGGUGACACGGCUAACCGAAGGCUAAUGCUAAUGCUACUGAGUGCUCGUGCUGCCUACCAUAUUCAUGUUCUGUGGCACCUUCACUUUUCCUGCUGCCAAACGUGUUCUGCUGUUCUUCCCUAGCUUAAGCAGUAUGGCACCAAUUGGUGCCACCAAUACCAUCUACCACUUCAAUCAAUUCCGCAGCCUAACUCAAUUCUCCUGGCGAUGUCGCACCACAGGCCACAGCAACCCACAUCCUGGUCGCCAUCACCUACAGCCUAAUGCAGUGAACCCCAAAGCAUAAUCGGCGAUGAACCACGCUAGAGUACAAAUCUCAUGCAACUUUGUUUGUUGUGCCUCGCCUUCUAGAUUUCAGGUGGCUGAAAGCUCCGCCGGCAAGGUUAGGGCUUCGGGGUUGGUUAGGGUUUGAGGCCAAGGUGGGGGCUUGCUCAGAUGGAGCUCCAAGGGCAUAGGCUUGACCAGCGUUGGGAGGUGGUGUGACGAGGGGCGGGCUCCGUGGGCGGCAUACGGGCGGUGGGUAAGGUAGGCGGUAGGGCGAGGAAAAUCGAGUGGUUAGUGUGGCGGGGCGGAUUUGACAAUGGGAGAGCAAUCGGAGACAGAAGGAGGAUCGCCUCCGCCUCGAGAAGCCAAGGUCACCCAGAAGUGCAUGGUACAUGUCUUAAUGUUGAUGCUGAUACUUGAGAAGUAUUUGCCAUCCUUGUACUGCGGCUCUUCUUCAACCUGCUUUGGUGGAAGGGGGCAUUUUGGGUUCAUGAUGUGAUUGGGUAUUUCUGAGAUUUGAUUAUGGUGAACAAUGUAUGUGAUGAGUGCUGGCCACAAGGUUUAUUUUGUUGUGUGCAUGUGCUAGUGGUUUACCGGAUCUUCAUUAGUGGGGUAUGCAAUUUCUAAACUUGUUGGCACAAAUAUUGUUCUGUUUUAUUACUCUUUAUGUUUCACUUUGUAGCAGAUGAUGUAGUUUCAUCUUAGAUCUGCAUCUAACGUUCUACUCUUUUCUUUCUUUUGGCAGAAACUCAUGGAACUUAUGCUUACCCUGAAAUACAGGAUGAAUAUGACUACUUCUCCACAACAUUUUAUCUUUACAACAAAUACAAAGAUGUAGUUUCAUUUGAUGAAUGCAACGAUAGUUUCAUUUCAUGUUCUUGUACAAUCAGCCAAUGUGUGUUUGACGGUGAAAUGUGCAGGUAGGAACACAAAAUGUUGGUGUCCUGCAGCUCUUGUAGACCUACCGCUAUUGCUCUUGUUUGGUUAAAUUUCAGGGUGAACAAAAUAUUUGAUGCAAAAUAUUGUGAUGUCCAUAAGCAUUUUAGUUUCUAUGAUAUCUGAAUCUUUUUUGUGCAGA